UUCUAUGUGGGUGGCCUUGUUGCAGCCACAAGCCGGGUUCCCACAGCAGGGUCUUCGGGGGCUAGUGGGCUCCUCCUGUCUGCAGCUUUCUGGGGUGGGCAAGGGAGCAAGUGUAGCAGAGUCGCUUGUAUCAGAGGAGGAUGCAGGGCUGAGAAAAAGUCAUGCAUUUGGGCCGAGCAUGGUGGCUCACGACUGUAAUCCCAGCCCUUUGGGGGGCCGAGGCGGGAGCAUCACUUGAGCCCAGGUGUUCGAGACCAGCCUGGCCAAUAUGAUGAAACCCCAUCUCCACUAAAAAAAUACAAAAAUUAGCCUGGUGUGGUGCACAUGCCUAUAAUCCCAGCAACUCUGGAAGCUGAGGCAGGAGAAUUGCUUGAACCCAGGAGGCGGAGGUUGCAGCGAGCCAAGAUCACGCCAUUGCACUCCAGCCUGCGCAACAAGUGAAACUCUAUCUCAAAACAAAACAAAACAAACAAACAAAAACAAAAAAACCCACAUGCAUUUGGGGGAAUUUUGGUGGGGCGUGAACUUGAGCAUCUGAGGGGAAAUUGAAGAAGGAUCAGUGAGUGAGGUAAUCGCGUGGGACGUGAAUGGGAAGAGCAAUCAUGGUGGAAGUCACUGGCGGGAGGAGGUGCCUGCAACCCGGGAGGAAGGAGAAACGGAGCCUCCUGGCAGCCAGGACGAGGCUGAAAAGAAGGUUCCUCCUGGUUUUCUCCUGCCUCGUGCUGUCUGUGUUUUCCACCAUCAAGGAGUAUGAGAAGAGCUCGGAGGGGGCCCUCUACAUCCUGGAAAUCGUGACUAUCGUGGUGUUUGGCGUGGAGUACUUCGUGCGGAUCUGGGCCGCAGGCUGCUGCUGCCGGUACCGUGGCUGGAGGGGGCGGCUCAAGUUUGCCCGGAAGCCGUUCUGUGUGAUUGACAUCAUGGUGCUGAUCGCCUCCAUUGCGGUGCUGGCCGCCGGCUCCCAGGGCAACGUCUUUGCCACAUCUGCGCUCCGGAGCCUGCGCUUCCUGCAGAUUCUGCGGAUGAUCCGCAUGGACCGGCGGGGAGGCACCUGGAAGCUGCUGGGCUCUGUGGUCUAUGCCCACAGCAAGGAGCUGGUCACUGCCUGGUACAUCGGCUUCCUUUGUCUCAUCCUGGCCUCGUUCCUGGUGUACUUGGCAGAGAAGGGGGAGAACGACCACUUUGACACCUACGCGGAUGCACUCUGGUGGGGCCUGAUCACGCUGACCACCAUUGGCUACGGGGACAAGUACCCCCAGACCUGGAACGGCAGGCUCCUUGCGGCGACCUUCACCCUCAUCGGUGUCUCCUUCUUCGCGCUGCCUGCAGGCAUCUUGGGGUCUGGCUUUGCCCUGAAGGUUCAGGAGCAGCACAGGCAGAAGCACUUUGAGAAAAGGCGGAACCCAGCAGCAGGCCUGAUCCAGUCGGCCUGGAGAUUCUACGCCACCAACCUCUCGCGCACAGACCUGCACUCCACGUGGCAGUACUACGAGCGAACGGUCACCGUGCCCAUGUACAGUUCGCAAACUCAAACCUACGGGGCCUCCAGACUUAUCCCCCCGCUGAACCAGCUGGAGCUGCUGAGGAACCUCAAGAGUAAAUCUGGACUCGCUUUCAGGAAGGACCCCCCGCCGGAGCCGUCUCCAAGUAAAGGCAGCCCGUGCAGAGGGCCCCUGUGUGGAUGCUGCCCCGGACGCUCUAGCCAGAAGGUCAGUUUGAAAGAUCGUGUCUUCUCCAGCCCCCGAGGCGUGGCUGCCAAGGGGAAGGGGUCCCCGCAGGCCCAGACUGUGCGGCGGUCACCCAGCGCCGACCAGAGCCUCGAGGACAGCCCCAGCAAGGUGCCCAAGAGCUGGAGCUUCGGGGACCGCAGCCGGGCACGCCAGGCUUUCCGCAUCAAGGGCGCCGCGUCACGGCAGAACUCAGAAGAAGCAAGCCUCCCCGGAGAGGACAUUGUGGAUGACAAGAGCUGCCCCUGCGAGUUUGUGACCGAGGACCUGACCCCGGGCCUCAAAGUCAGCAUCAGAGCCGUGUGUGUCAUGCGGUUCCUGGUGUCCAAGCGGAAGUUCAAGGAGAGCCUGCGGCCCUACGACGUGAUGGACGUCAUCGAGCAGUACUCAGCCGGCCACCUGGACAUGCUGUCCCGAAUUAAGAGCCUGCAGUCCAGGAUAGAUAUGAUUGUGGGUCCCCCACCCCCUUCAACUCCCCGGCACAAGAAGUACCCCACCAAAGGACCCACGGCCCCUCCGAGAGAGUCACCCCAGUACUCACCUAGAGUGGACCAGAUCGUGGGGCGGGGCCCAGCGAUCACGGACAAGGACCGCACCAAGGGCCCGGCUGAGGCGGAGCUGCCCGAGGACCCCAGCAUGAUGGGACGGCUCGGGAAGGUGGAGAAGCAGGUCUUGUCCAUGGAGAAGAAGCUGGACUUCCUGGUGAAUAUCUACAUGCAGCGGAUGGGCAUCCCCCCGACAGAGACCGAGGCCUACUUUGGGGCCAAAGAGCCGGAGCCGGCGCCGCCGUACCACAGCCCGGAAGACAGCCGGGAGCAUGUCGACAGGCACGGCUGCAUUGUCAAGAUCGUGCGCUCCAGCAGCUCCACGGGCCAGAAGAACUUCUCGGCGCCCCCGGCCGCGCCCCCUGUCCAGUGUCCGCCCUCCACCUCCUGGCAGCCACAGAGCCACCCGCGCCAGGGCCACGGCACCUCCCCCGUGGGGGACCACGGCUCCCUGGUGCGCAUCCCGCCGCCGCCUGCCCACGAGCGGUCACUGUCUGCCUACGGCGGGGGCAACCGCGCCAGCAUGGAGUUCCUGCGGCAGGAGGACACCCCGGGCUGCAGGCCCCCCGAGGGGACCCUGCGGGACAGCGACACAUCCAUCUCCAUCCCGUCCGUGGACCACGAGGAGCUGGAGCGUUCCUUCAGCGGCUUCAGCAUCUCCCAGUCCAAGGAGAACCUGGAUGCUCUCAACAGCUGCUACGCGGCCGUGGCGCCCUGUGCCAAAGUCAGGCCCUACAUUGCGGAGGGAGAGUCAGACACCGACUCCGACCUCUGUACCCCGUGCGGGCCCCCGCCACGCUCGGCCACUGGCGAGGGUCCCUUUGGUGACGUGGGCUGGGCCGGGCCCAGGAAGUGAGGCAGCACUGGGCCAGUGGACCCGCCCGCGGGCCUCCUCAGCACGGUGCCUCCAAGGUUUUGAGGCGGGAACCCUCUGGGGCUCUUUUCUUACAGUAACUGAGUGUGGCGGGAAGGGUGGGCCCUGGAGGGGCCCAUGUGGGCUGAAGGAUGGGGGCUCCUGGCAGUGACCUUUUACAAAAGUUAUUUUCCAACAGGGGCUGGAGGGCCGGGCAGGGCCCUGUGGCUCCAGGAGCAGCGUGCAGGAGCAAGGCUGCCCUGUCCACUCUGCUCAGGGCCGCGGCUGACAUCAGCCCGGUGUGAGGAGGGGCGGGAGUGAUGACGGGGUGUUGCCGGCGUGGCGACGGGCGGGGGGUUGUCUCAGCCGAGCCCAGGGGAGGCACAAAGGGCAGGCCUGUUCCCUGAGGACCUGCGCAAAGGGCGGGCCUGUUCGGUGAGGACCUGCGGCCUUGGGUCCUGGUGGGGUUUCCGGGCAGCUACAGGCGGGUGUGGCCGGCCGCUGUGCGUGGCCUCUGCCCUCACACCUGACCUGCCCGGCGGGCUUUCCUGUUCCCCACCUCAGGGGUGCCCAAAUACAGAGCUAUUGGUUGGCGUCUUCUCCCUGUACCUUCUAGGAUCUGAGGGCUCUUUCCAUGGGAUCCAGCCCCGAGGUGGAGACCUUCGCCUGCAGCCGAGGAGCGGGUGGGGCCUGGGAACCAAACUGGAGCCCAGAGUGGACGUCCAGCCCUCUGGUCUUGGCCUCCAGGGGGAGGGCCUGGCUCACGGUGGGGCCAGGGAGCCGGUUCCGAAGGGUCUUCAAAAAGGGUGUCCUUGGGGGCUCCAGCUGCCUCGCCCUGGCCUUUCCGUGGGUGCGUGAGAGCCAGCAGCACCCCAGCCUUGGAGACCGGGGGGGCAGGACCCCAGGUCCUCCCCUCUCUCCUGACUGCCCUGGCCGGGUGCCGGCACUGCGAGAUCCACCUGGUGAGCAGGCCUCACAGUUCUUAGCCAGGGCCCCACCUCGCCUGUGUCCCACCAGUGCCCCGACAGACCUGGGGCAGGGCUGGGCCAUGAUGCAGCGGGCCAGGAUAGCCUCCACCGUCAGCACAGGGCCGCCCUCCCCGCCUUUCCGGAGGAAACCACUCCCACCUCAGCCCAGCUGUGCGCCCUCCCUAGCUCUCCUGCCCCCUGGAGCUGAUGGCCCCUUCUCCACUGACCGAUUCCUUAGCUGGGCCUCUUGGGGUCUCGGGCCUCAGGGGUGCACCGUCCCAUGCCCGUCCUGUUGUGGGCACCGUGGCCCUUGGGGCAGGCGGCUCUGAUGGGGGAGCGAGUCCCUAGCUCCAGACUUAAGCACCAGACCCCGGGAGCAUCUGGCAUUUGGCGUGACGGCGUCGCAGGCGGGCCUGGGCUCCCUGGAGAGUGGCCUCCCUGAGAGUGAGCAGGGCUGGGGUCGUGGGCGCAAAUACUCCUGCAGAGCAAGUGCAGGGGAGUCCUGGGCCCGUUUCUCCUCCACCUGCGUUUUCAGUGCUCUUGGCUUGGCUGGGAGGUCCUGAGGCCCUGAGGCCAGCAGGGGAACCAGUCCUGAGGGAGAGGACUUUGAAAGCAGCAUUUGAGGGUCGUACGCCCCUGGCUGGUGGGGGUCCUGGCACUCAGGGUGUGUGGGGAGCCAUGUCUGGCGUCCAUUGUGGGGAGCUGCUGCCCUGGCCUCUCUGCCUACCCCCAGACCGGCCAGGGCACUCCCAGGCCCUGUCGCCAUUGAGGUGCCUCUGCUGGGCUGUCUCCUCACCCCUCCCUGUGCUGGAGCCUGUCCCAAAAAGGUGCCAACUGGGAGGCCUCAGAAGCCACUGUCCAGGCUCCCACUGCCUGUCUGCUCUGUUCCCAAAGGCAGCGUGUGUGGCCUCGGGCCCUGCGGUGGCGUGAAGCAUCCCUUCUGGUGUGGGCGUGGCUACGUGUUUUGGAGGCAGCGUUUCACGGCGGUGCCCUUGCUGUCUCCCUUGGGCUGGCUCGAGCCCGGGGUCCAUGUCCCUUCGCCUUCCCGUCAUGGGACAGGGAAUCCAUAGCGGGGCCCACAGGCAGGGGUAUGAGUGCGUCCCACCCAACGCAGCACCAGCCCCGGCCAUCGCUCCCUGUGUCCCCAGUUCCGUCUCAGCUACCUGGACUCCAGGACCCUGGAGAAGGGAGACCUGGCAGUGGAGGGAGGCUGUGCUGUGUGUCCCCCCCAAGGUGUGACCCCCGCCUGCUCUUUCCUCUCCCGCCAGGUGUGGCCCCGCCUGCUCUUUCCUCCCCCCCCCCAGGUGUGGCCCCACCUGUUCUUUCCUCCCCCCGCAGGUGUGGCCCCACCUGCUCUUUCCUCCCCCCACCCCCAGUAUGGCCCCACCUGCUCUUUCCUCCCCCGAGGUGAGGCCCCGCCUGCUCUUUCCUCCCAUGGGGCCUCUGAGGCAUGAGCACCUGGGCACAGGUUGGGGCUCUACAGGAUGAGGAAGACAGGCCAAUCCCUUCCCUCCCAGAAGCUGGCCACCCAGCAGGAGGGACUGAGGCCAGACUCAUGUCCAGCAAGGAACGUGUGGUGUGUCCCCUGGGAAGUCUCUGGGCCCUGGGAAGAGGGAAGGUGCACGUCCUGGGAUGGUUGGGGGGCCCUGUUUUGGGAGACAAAGGGGUAGAGGGUCUGUCUUGGGACCCCCCAGACUCUAGCCUGAGCAGUGCAGCCACCUACUGCCCCACCUCAGAGAAGUGCAGCGGGAAGGAGGCUGGAGGUGGUGUGGCGCUGCCCUGGGUGUCUGCGUGAAUGAGCGUGGCCAAGGACCAGUGCCACCUCAUGGCAAAGAGCUCCCGCAGUGUUUGUUAGAGUGCACAUCCCUACGUGCCCACUGGCACACACACGUGCUCACAUACAUGUCCGCAUAAGGCAUACACAUGCACGCUUGCACACAUGCACACACAUGCACAGACCACAUAACACACACGUGCACUGACCACAUCUGUAUAGACCAUGCACAGUACACAUACGUGCAUACACAUGCCUGCAUACAGGUAUACACAUGCACACUUACAUGCGCACGUGCACAGAUCACACACGUGCACACACAUGUGUAGCUCACACACAGUAUACACAUACACAAGUGCACAGACCACACACAGCACUAACACAUGCACACACAAAGUGCAUAGGCCACACACAGCACAUGCACACAAGUGCACAGACCACACAGCACACACAAGUGCACAGACCACACUGCACACAUGCACACACACACGCGUGCGUGCACACUCCUCGCACUUCCAGCCUUGGAGCCCUUCUGUCUCUGGUCUUUCUGUUUGACCCUGCUGGGUGUAAGCUGCCUGGGGAGGGGCUACAAGGAGUAAUUGUGGCUUUAGGGGUCGUGGUGAUGCUGGAAUGUCAAGCGCUGUCGUGGGGUAUCCCACUGUCCGGGCUCCUGGUCCGCAGUGGCAGAGCGCCAGGCAGAGCCCAAUCAGGGUCUCGUGCUGCCCUUCCCCCUCACAGCCUGGCAGCCAUCCAGAGGAGGGGCUCUACCAGAUGCCAAGGUGCCCCGGUGUCUGUAUGGGUGUCCGGAUGGGCCCUGUGUUUGGUCUGCCCUGGAGGUGCUGGGCCCUCCUGGGAUGGGUGGCUCAGCCUCGAAUCCCAGGCCCCAGCCCAGGCAGGUGCUGCUGCCUGUUGUGGUUUCCUGGCCCAGCUUCUCCUUCUCCCUCUGCAUAAAAUCACAGUCCGUGAGUCUUCCAGCUGCCACCACAGCUGGGACACGCUGGGGGAGGGCUCCUCCCAUGCCUCCUGCACACAGCCGUCUGAGCAGGGCAGGUGCCCAACACCCUCCCCGGAGGACACGCUGCCCCUCAGUGAUGCCCCUACCUUUUGGGGGGCCUCAUCUCAAGCCCCCACUUGGAGGCUGAAAUCACCCCAGGCACUGUGAGGGCUUCUCCAGGGGGCACCCUUUGAGCUGUGGGUCUGAUCACCCCAAGUCCCGCCUGGAGGAGAGGCACAGCCAGGGUGUGUGGUUUAAUGUUUGCCCCCUUCGGGGCUGGAGGUCUCAGUGUUUCUAGAUUCCAGACCCUGCUGCCGGAGAGACCUGCUGCCGGAGAGAAGGGGAGGAGGACUCCAGCUGGGCUCGGUCCCCCACAGUCAGGGACCCCCAUAAAGGACACCCCCUUCUCUCUAGAAAGAGCUGGGCUCUGAGCUAGUUCUAGUCGCUUCCCAGAAGCCGAGGAGCAGAAGGAGCUGUGAGAGCUUUGCAGAAACGCCCUUGUCCCCGCCGCCCUGAGCUAUGAAUGCCGUACAGAGCAGAGGCCGGGGCAUUGGUAAGAUCACAGGUUGACGCUGCACAGCCCCAUUGACACAAACCCUCAAAGCAGACGCGAGAGGGACGGUUCACAAAGCUUGGACCUGCCGUGGAGGGUGCCCGGCAGAUGUGGUGGGAGAAAGAUGGCUCAUGAGGCUUGGACCUGCCGUGGAGGGUGCCCGGCAGAUGUGGUGGGAGAAAGAUGGCUCACGAGGCUUGGACCUGCCGUGGAGGGUGCCCAGCAGAUGUGGCGUGAGAGGGACGGCUCACGAGGCUUGGACCUGGUGGAGGGUGCCCAGCAGACGUGGUGUGAGAGGGAUGGCUCACGAGGCUUGGACCUGCCACGGAGGGUGCCCGGCAGACGUGGUGUGAGAGGGACGGUUCACAAGGCUUGGACCUGCCAUGGAGGGUGCCCAGCAGGGGGCUGAGCUCUGAGGGGUGGAUGCUCAGUGCACGGGUGCCCCCAGUGUCCUCUGGCCCUGUCCGGUGCCUCCCCCAACCCCCACCCAUGCAAAACUCCCAGGUCACAUGUAUAUAUGUCCAGGGCAUGGGGGUAGGGUGAAGAGGCCUGGUCAGGGCCUUUAGGGGCUGCAGGACGGAAUGGCCACCUGGGGGUCCUGUGUGGCUGUGCCGGGCCAGCCAUCCUGCAUUCCCACCCAGCGGGCAGUCUCCACCUCGGCCCCAGCAAAGCGCUAAGGAGCCGGAGAGACAGCCAGGGCGGCUUCCUGAAGGAUGUGGGAUGGUGGACUCCGGGGUCGAGGGAAUCCCCAGGUUCCUGUCCCUCUGGGAGACCUAGAGAAGCUGCACACCCAGGAGCUUUCCAUGACCCGGGAGCAUGAGUGAAUGGGGGUUCCAGUUGGCUGAACUUUGCUGUCUUGUAAGGGUGGGGGCUGACGGCCGACCCUGGGAGGAGGUGACAUCGCAGGGGGAGGUUGUGGGCAACGGUGGAGGAGGAGAGACGGGAGGGGACCAUUUGGGAUGGAGGGGCCUCUUCAAAGUUUUAAAAGGCAUUUGUGGGGUGGAGUUGAGUGUGCUCUGGGCUUGGACACUUGCCGUGGUACCCCUGGCUGGCCGAGGAGACUGGCUCUGGCCACGGGCCCUGUCCGGAGAGGUCCUCAGCGUCUGACUCUCGGCCAGGCACCAGCAAGGAGGGGCCGGUCCCCGGGGCUACCAGGCAGGCACGUGCACAUCGCCAUACGCCACACGCCAACUCUGCCUGGGUUUUACAAAGUCGUUGCCUUAAUGCAUGUGGACAGGAACUCCCUGAGGUCACCCCAUGCCCCCUGGCUGUGCCAGGUACGGACGCCCUGGACCCUGCGUCCAGGUGGGGCGGGCGAGGGGCCCAAGGGACGGGCUCCAGAGACACGCGCAGGGCAGGAGGAGUCUCACGGAGGGGUCUCGCACUGAGGCGCCCAGAGCUGGCGGUCCUGCUGGACGCCAUCCCUCUGCCUGGGAUCCACACGGCCCACGCGUGCCCGCCAUGCCCGCGCCCCACGCCAUUGCAGUCUGCCAUCCUCUGGCCGUGACGGUGGCCCAUGCGCGCCCGCCAUGCCCACGCCCCACGCCAUUGCAGUCUGCCAUCCUCUGGCCGUGACGGUGGCUGCAGCUUCCCCAUUUGCGCCGUUGCCUCUGGCUGUCUGCACUUUUGUUCAUGCUCCAAAGAAUAUUUCAUAAUGCCUUCAGUACCGACGUACACUUCUGACCAUUUUGUAUGUGUCCUUGUGCCGUAGUGACCAGGCCUUUUUUUUGGUGGAUGUGUUACCCCGCACACUUCAAUCUCAACUUUGUGCACCGUCCGUUUUCUAGGGAUAGACGCCCAGGGAAUGAACUCUAGUUUUCUAACAGAUUAGCUGAGAUAUUAACUUACUCACACGGACAGGUUGAUGCCAGAGCCGUAAGAAUGCGCCAGUGCGGGUUUGCGGGGGACUUCGGGUGUGGGGUCCUGCGGCCGGGAUGGCCGUGGAAGGUUCUGGGGAUCCCUGCUGCCACGGGGAUGAGUUCGGACGCCAGGUGGACCUGUGCACUCAGUAAAACGCAGUGAUUCAACCUGGA